CGGCAAUUAAUACGCAUUCAGUGCGGAGGACAAGCUUUGCAACGGGAUUCGCAAGCGCCACCAGACUUGCGGCUGAAGAGCUUAUCUGCUGAGGUUGAAUAUUCUACAUGCUGGUGGUUGUUGAACAGAGACCAAACCUUGAAGUGCCUCUGUUCCCCGCGCCGCAUUUUAGACAUGUUUAUCGCCGCUGUAGUUGAAUCAGGCAUCACUUCCGUUAAGCUUAAAAUGGCAGGACUUGGCAGGCCUCGGCACUGGCAAUCCGCCAUCCAUGGCUGCGCACUCCACCGGAGCCUCUACUGCGGGUCGCUGGUGCGCUGUCAAGUCCAAGUCCAAAUUGGUGCAUGCGCUGUACAGUCGGUCGUGCCCGUGUUGGCCGCAGUUUCACGUCGAAGGCGCAGCACCGGCAGCGCAUCUUGUCGCUUCCUGCUGGUAACAUGUCAACUGUCGCCGCUCCACAGUCAACAUAGGCCAUCUUACCUCUUCCGACCCAGACGAGUCUUCUCCGCAACCUGUAUACAGUCUGUCUUAACCUGGCCAUUUGCUAUCCUCGCAGUAUCCAUCAAGCCUGUAUCCUCUCCAAGUAUUUCCACUCCGCUCGGCCGACCCACAAGAGCCUCCUUGAAACGAACAACGCCUGCGACGAGAUAUCGACCGACCCUGGCGCAUGUUAACGCUCCGGCCUGGGCGCCAGGCUCAUAGUCAUGGGCAAUGUGAGCAGCAGGGUCGAUGAAGGGCCCCUGCUGUAUUUGAAAGACCAAGGAAGAUUCUUCAUUAGUUCUAUCAUCGUGAGCAACAGUCGUGGAAGAGUGAUCCUCAGUGUCGCGCCGAAUGCGUAUCCUGCGUCACGUCUUGUUGGCAAACCAGAUGCGACGGACUAUCGACCAAUUUCAUACAUUCAAGACCCCGAUGCGCCCUCCCUCGCAUUCCUUCCUCGGCUGGAUCUCGAAGACGAGCUGGAUUUUCGUUUCACGUUCGUCACUCGUCAGAACUCCGGGCCUUUACCUGCUACACCAUCCACUGCAACCUCAGCCGUCGACACCACCAUUAGCGGCCUGACUUUUGCAUAUGCCCCGAACGGCAAAGAAUUGGAUACCUUGAUCACAAGAGAGUUUCACGCAGAUCCAAACCUACACAAAAACUCAAACGUACAACUUAUUGGGGACUUUGGGACGAACGGGAGUCCUUCUGUGAGUUACGAAUGGAAUUGGCGUUGGAAACCUCCAAAAGCCUAUGAGGACCGAGGUGGGGGAUGGCGCAACUGUUGCAGUUUCCUCGAAUAUGACUCCAGAGCGCAUCGACUGAAUACCCUGGCGUCUUUUUCCUUCUGGGUCCACAACGCGACGCUGCCCACUCUCACACCGCUUGCGUCUCCUAAUGUUGAGCUUAUGGUUCCGCCGCAGAAGCAACGUCUGGCUUCAUCACAGUCGUACCAAUCUGCAGUCAGUGACUCGGAAGGGCCUUCUGAUUAUGUCAAUCCGCCUUCCCCGAACGUUCCGUCGGUGGACUUCAAUUCGAGUGCUUCGACGGUGGCACCUCCAGCUCCUAUAAUCGACGUGCAGUGCCAACGACCGGGAGAGGACGUGAGUGCAGUGGAGGAUGGCCCAUUGUUCAGAGCGACGAUGAAGUCGCUGGAACAGAAGACAGGUACCAUGAGGGUACAAAUCAAGAAGGUUUUGAAAAAGGCCGAGGCCGCACAACAAGCACAGGUCGAAUGCAAUCAAGCCAUGUCCGCCUUUCUUGGGGCUCUUCAGGAAGCAUCUGCCUCCAAUACCACAGCUAUCAAACCGGCUCUGGACCAUUACUUCACGAACAUUGCGCAACGGAUCUUAAAAUACGAGAAGGAGAAUGCCGUGCUAUUGCAGAAGCAGAUUAUCGAGCCAAUCUCGAAGCUCUACAAUCUCGACAUAAAGCAAGCUGAGGCCAAGAAGAAAGACUUCGAGGACGAAAGUCGAGACUACUAUGCCUAUGUCAGUCGCUACCUCGGCCAGAGACAAGACUCGCUCAAAGAGAAGAAGCGGGCAGAGAGCGACUCGAAGUAUCAGACCAAGAAGAGGAACUUUGAGCUCAAGAGAUUCGACUAUUCCACUUUCAUGCAGGACCUUCAUGGCGGCCGCAAGGAGCAGGAACUCCUCUCCCAGCUUACGAAGUAUGCUGACGGUCAAGCAAAGUCGUUUCUUGCUGCGGCGAGAAGAGUUGAAAGCUUGACACCACGCUUGGACGCUUUGGUCAAGGAAGUGUCUGAAAUGGACAAGGAGUACAACUUACAGAGAACUGAGCGCGAGGAGAAACGCAGGAAUCUCGAAAUGAACGGCCCAAUCCCAGUGGAGCCUGAGACUCUGCACCACUCUACGAGCGUUACCAGCCAACCACCAGCGCAGAAUGGCUUCGGCGGAUAUACUUCUGACACUGACCUGAGUAGGGCAGACAGUACUAGCUCCCAGUUUGGCCGGCCUUCAGUCAAAACAUUAUCGCCGACUAGCAACUCUGCCUUGCCUGGAGGACCAAAUUCCAUCUUGUCAACAUCACCUGGUGGCUCAUCGAUAGCGCCAACCCCGAACAAGUUCAAAGGGAUCCGUGAUCUUGACGAUAGCUCGGUGUCGUUCGCUGACAAGUCGCAAAAUGGACCCCAUAGGAAGGAAGGUUUAUUGUGGGCUUUGAGCAGACCGGGCUCCCAUAUAGAUCCAAAAGGCAUCAACAAGCAAGCCUGGCACAAGUUUUGGAUCGUGCUUGAUCAAGGCAAACUCUCAGAGUACAGCAAUUGGAAAGACAAGCUGGAUUUACAUCGGGAUCCUAUUGAUUUGCGGAUGGCGUCCGUCCGAGUUGCAAGAGAUGCUGAGCGAAGAUUUUGCUUCGAAGUGAUCACCCCUCAGUACAAACGAAUUUAUCAAGCCACAACAGAAGAUGAGAUGAACAAUUGGAUCAAUGCCAUCAACAACGCUCUUCAAAGCGCUUUUGAGACUGGUCCUCAUGCAACCCAACAGCCCCGUAAAGAGGCUAGUGGACGCGAGUACGGAGCGAUGCUGACUGGGAAGAGCUCGUCGCAAUCCGGUCCCCAUGGUUAUUCGCAGCGAAAUGAUGCUCUCGGCGUGUCAAGACGGACAACAGUGGGUUCCAGACCAGCCUACAUCCGGGCAAGCAGCAACACUUACGAAGAAAGUCCAUCCAAACUGCUAGAUCAGUUGAGAAGCAAUGAUCCCAGCAACCAGUAUUGCGCCGAUUGCGGUUCUACUUCCAAGGUCGAUUGGGUUUCCCUGAACCUUGGAAUUAUUUUGUGUAUCGAAUGUGGAGGCAUCCAUCGUUCUCUGGGGACACAUGUCUCGAAGAUUCGGUCACUAACUCUGGACGUCCAUUCCUUCACCGUCGAUAUUGUCGAACUUUUGAUGCUCAUCGGCAAUCGGAUCAGCAACCAGGUCUGGGAGUCGUUGUUGGACCCGAGCAUCAAGCCUGGCCCUCCUGCCACAAGGGAGCAGCGGCUAAAAUUCAUCACGGCGAAGUACGUCGAGCGGGCUUUUGUCGAGCCUGUAUCGCAGUACGGCACUGCCGACGACAUGUUAGUGACAUCGAUUAAGAAACAUGAUAUCCCUGGAGUUUUGCUGGGGAUCGCCCAACAAGCGAACGUCAACGCUCACGAUCGGUCGAGGAAUACACACGCGGUGUUUCUUGCGCUGGCCGCCGCCGACCCUGCUCGACCUGUGUCCUCUCACUCUGCUACACCCAGCCCUCCCGCAUUAAAGGCCUUCCCUUUGGCGGAGCUUUUGGUUCAAAAUGGUGCGGAGAUUCCGGUCGACCCGCCCGCGAUCCCUUUGUCGCCAGCUGCGCAGCUCUAUAUAGAGCAACGAACCACGAGGGCUUCCACCGGGCCCACUGGCCAAGGUGACACGCUGGGUCCUCUCCCAGUCAUGUCCCGCGCUCCGCCCUUCCCACUUCCAGAGACCGCCGCAAGACUGCAAAAACGCGGUAGUGCCGGUGCCAGGUUUGCCGGCAAGGUUACGGGGCUGGGAGAACGCUAGUGCCGUUACAAAAAUAUGGCACAAGUCGAUAUUGCUGCAACAAUACUUUGUAAUGCUUUGCGCAGCACCUAAUGGAUCAGGUCGCAUGCUUGCAGACUCAGCAAGUGAUGAGAACUUAUGACGAUGAAGACGACGAACGAGAUGCGAUUAGGAUGUUUGGUGUACAAAAAAUGGAUUGGGUUCCCUGCGAAGAGUGACCGGCACAGGAGGGAAUAAUAUCCACAUUGGCUUGUUGGGGAAACUCGAAUUGCUGGACUUGGGCUCGGUAUCGACUGCCAGUGGUACUUGGUGCUGUUUGGAAAAAUGAGUUGAUACAAUGCAGAAGACAGGCAGGUCCCGGGUCAUCCAAAACGCUUGGAUACAAGAAGCACUAGUGUGGCUCUUGUUAUCUCUAUUCUGCAUUGGGAUACUAGCUAGUACUAUCGACUGUUGAGCAGCCGCACCAGCAUCAGCAGUCACUAAUAGUUGUUGGAGCGCAAUGAAAGUAAUAAAUACCCCG